GAUUGGCACGAAUCCACAUUUUACGAUCGUGGCACCAAGAGAGAGAGAGAGAAAGAUUCACAUUUCACAAUUCAUAUCUCACCGCAAGGGUUUUUUUUUUUUUCACAAAAUCAAAAGAGAAAUGAAGGAAUAGUGAAAAUCUCUUCUCUGUGAUGAACAAGAAUUCUUCGAUUUCGUUAUCUUCGUCAAUUGCGCUAUUGUUGCUGUUGUUGUUCUCUUGGAUAAUCGUUCUUGCAGGUAACGCAUCAGCUCAAUUUUGCGCUCAACAGGACGAUCCACUGCUUAUGGCGUCCACACUUGGAGGCGUGCGCGAUUCUCAGGGAGCUUCCAACUCCACCGAUGUCGAUGAACUCGCUCGUUUCGCCGUCGAUGAACACAACAAGAAAGAGAAUUCAAUUCUCGAGUUUGUGAGAGUCGUGAAGGCGAAAGAGCAGGUAGUAGCUGGUACACUGCACCAUCUUACCCUUGAGGUUGUUGAUGCUGGUAAAAAGAAGCUGUACGAAGCAAAGGUCUGGGUGAAGUCAUGGAUGAAUUUUAAAGAAUUGCAAGAGUUCAAGCAUGCAGGCGAUGUCCCCUCAAUUACUUCUUCUGAUCUUGGUGCAAAGAAAGGUGAUCAUCCCCAGGGAUGGCGGGAAGUGCCACCACAUGAUCCUCAUGUUCAGGAUGCGGCACAGCAUGCUGUUCAGACCAUUCAGCAGAGAUCUAAUUCUCUACUCCCGUAUGAACUGCUGGAAAUCAUACAUGCCAAGGCAGAGGUGAUUGAAGAUGCUGCAAAGUUUGAUUUGCUCCUAAAGCUGAAGAGAGGGAGUAAAGAAGAGAAGUUCAAAGUGGAAGUCCACAAGAACAAUGAAGGUAACUUCCUUCUGAAUCAGAUGGUGCAAGAUCAUUCCUAGGAGUUUGGAUUUGUGCAAUAUAAUAAAAUAAAAUACAAGUUCAUGUAAUGAUAGGAACAUCUGCAUUGCUUCCUCUUUAAUGCUGUAUACUAUUUGAUCUUGAACCUUGGCCUUAUCUAAAGUUUCAAGACUGAUAUCCUCAGGAUGAUACCUAUAAAAGGGCAUGAUAAAUUAUGGAGUCACCUGUUAAUUAGCUUUU